GUGACAAGUAAAUCAGCUGUUUGUCACUUGCGAUAAAUUCUCCAAAUAUUUGGCCUCGUCUCGUCAACAAACUCUACAUUCGAGUAGAUGUUCGAAAGUGUAGUGUGUAAUUAUUAUGAACGAUUCCCCAACAAGCGCUCGAUAGCCUGCCCGACGCAGGAGCAAAGUCCCGAACGAAGAACCAGGUCUCGAUGCUUUCAGCGUAACCCGUUUACGUAUCUUGCCACUCUUUUUGAUGGACUUCAAAUAGAAAGUUGGUGUUAUACUUAAAAAGAAAAUGCCUCAGACGUAUAGCAAAUUUAUCCCUGUUACGGCUCCCAUAACCACUUCAUGUGUGGAUUAUGUGCAUCCUUGGACUGAUAGCUGUUUGCAAGCAAUAUGUGGGCUUUAUCUGUAUUGCAUGUUGGAAUCUCUGAGGAUAUAUGGGACUGUUUAUAUGGUAACAUUGUUGAUGAAAGGUAAAAUUCCGAAUAAAGAAGACCUACGGAAAACAAUAUGCGGCAUUGUUCAGUCAACAGCUUUCCUGAGUGGUACAGGAUUCGGGUAUUCCUUAUUUCUUUGCUCUUUAAGACGACUUCUGGGCAACUUCAACAUCCUAACAGUAUCCGCCAUUCCCGCAUUCCUAUCCAGCGUCUUUUCCAUCUUGAUCGAGCGUCCCAGCAGACGUACCAUGCUCUGUCUGUACGUCAGCAACGUGGCGACAGAAACACUAUGGAACAUGGCCAGGGCACGGAGCCUAGUGCGUGACGUCAGAUAUGGAGAUGCUGCCAUCUACAGUACUAGCAUCGCAAUGCUGCUGUAUUACUUUAAGAAGGGGUAUCAUAAAAGCUCCGAGCACUCGGAUGCUAUGUAUCGGGUGAUAAGGUUCGUAGUUGGUCCAUACGAAGAAUACGAAAGUUCUGACAGAUCCCAAGAAGCUUCUCGAGCGUUCUACAGACAAGUGCAAAACAGUCCAAACAACGGCAGCCAGAGUACCAGCAGGAGCAGUGGUAGUACCAGUCCGUGGCGAAGCAGAAAACACAAAAACUCGGUACUACUUCUGAUAAACCAUAUGUUGAGGACUUACAAGAGGCUUAUCUACAAGAUUAAGUGCUGUGAUAGACAUAGUACCUGUCCGCACCCGUUUAGCUGUCUCUAUUAUGUUAUGCAGUUUAUUUAUGGACGUGAGGAGGCAAACUUUCUCAGAAGUAAAUACGAUAAUACCGGUGUCCUUGUUCUGUGCACCAAUCAUUUCACAAAUUGGUGGUCUUCAUUGAAGGAUGGUCUAACGAGGAUAGAAGUAGAAAGUUUGUGUUUCUUUUUUUAGGGUGCAGGGAAAAUGUUCAGUGUAGGAUUAGGAUUGCAAGUGUUCCUUAAGUUAAUCCUGAAUAGCAAAAGGAUAUUGAGCUCUCCAGUAAAUUUGAAACAAGUAUUAUUUAAGAAACAGACGUUGAACCUAGCAAUAUUUUUAGGAGCAUUCUCAGGUAUAUUUAGGGGAUCGAUGUGUACUCUUAGAAGGUUGACGGGAAAAGACCGAGCCAGUCACGCUAUUCCUGCUGGACUUUUAGCAGGAAUUGCCUAUUUAAGGUAUCCUGACACAACUGUGGCCUUGUAUGUGAUGUGGAAAGCAGCUCAGAUUUCGUAUAAUCUGGGCAUAGAAAAAGGCCUGUUACCAAAAGUACCUGGCUUUGUGGAAUUCUUGUAUUGCUUCAGCACAGCUAUUUUGUUCCAUGCCGCCAUAUUGGAACCCACCAACCUCAGGCCUAGCUACUGGAAAUUUUUACAUUCCAUAUCUGGCGGAAGAAUUGCCUGUAUGAGCAGACAGCCGUUGGACAUAUGGGGUUUGAACACGACAGAAUCUUUGAAGCUUGUCUUGGAACAAACCAAAACCGUUCCAGUAGUUUAUUUUUAAUUUAUUUCUAGUAUUGAAAAUUUUAUAUGAAGUUUUAUAUUGUUAGAUAAUUAUGUGCUUGUUGAUAUUUAUCAGAAAUUACUAUUUUUUCACUUUGUUAAUGUUUGUCCUUUUUAUAUAAAUAAACAACUAAAAAUUGAAAUUUGCCGUUUCGUUUUAAUUACGAGUUAUAGCUCAUGUGCACUGUUUAAAAAAGAAAGUCGUGAAAGGAUAUCAAAAUUUGACCAUUGAUUAGCGUAUUCUUCCCAAAGAUAGACAACCUAAUGCUAUAUUCGC